AUGUCCAGCUUUGAAGAUAAUCAAUUACUUGCUGAAGAAUUACCACUUAAUAAUCUAACUCACCAACAGUUCAAUGCUUUUAUUGGUAAUUGGUCUCGAGAAAUAGAUAUAAAAAAUACAAAACAAAAUAGAUAUAGAUACAGAUCUUUAUCAUCUUAUUCCUAAUCCUGACAAAUUUGAUGAAAAUGACUCUGAAAUUAUGCUUAAUACACCUGUAUCUAAUUACUGCACAGUUGAUGACAUGCAGAAAAUGUUAGAUCAGGCUGGUUCUAAAGCAUUGUCUAUAAUUCAUUGCAAUAUUAGAAGUUUAUCAAAAAAUAUUUCACUUUUGAGUGAUUUAGCAAACACCUUUUCAAGAAAACCUGAUAUAAUAGGUAUAUCUGAAACUUAGCUAAGUCAAGGCUCAGUAACUAAUAUUGAUUUACUUGGAUAUAAUUUCUACCAAACUGAUUCAAAUACAAAUGCAGGUGGUGUGGGAAUAUAUGUUGCCAAUGAUCUGUCAGCAAUUCCUAGGCCGGAUAUUAAGUUUCAUACUGAUUUAGUUGAAUGAUGCUGGGUCGAAGUGGAUCCAGGUUUUGGAAAAAAGCAUAUGCUAAUUGGAUGCAUAUAUAGACACCCCAGUGGAAUCAUUGAUAAAUUUACAACUAACUUAGAAGAGUUGUUUGAGCGAAUAAAUCAAAGUAAUAGGUAUGAUGUUUAUAUAGUCGGUGAUAUUAAUAUCGAUUUUUUUAAGUUUACCAGCCAUUCACCCACUGAAAAAUAUCUAAAUAUUCUAUAUGCAAAUAAUUUUCUUCCUAUUAUCACUAAACCAACAAGACUGACUGAUCAUACUAAAACAUUAAUAGACCACAUAUACACUAAUGCUUAUAGUGAUCAGAUUAGUUCUGGAAUUUUGCUUUUUGAUCUCUCAGAUCAUUUGCCUGUCUUUUCUAUAAUAAAUAUGUGUACAAAGAGAAAAAAAAAAGAAGAGUGUUUAGAGAUUACACUAAGUUUAAAAGUGAGAAUUACCUAAAUGACAUUGAAAAAAUUGGGAAUUCUCUAUAUCAAGAAGGAGGUGAUCUCAAUGAAAUAACUAAUCAUGUAGUAAAUUCAAUUAAGAUCAUUUCAAAUAAACAUGCACCAAUUAAAACAGUAUCAAAUAGUAAACAGAAACAGCUUGAUAAACCUUGGAUAACUAAUGGUAUUUUAAAGUCUAUAAAAAACAAACAACAUAUGUAUCGUACACAUUUUCUUUCCAAUAAUAUUGAAAAAGCUAACAGGUAUAAGGCAUAUGGUAAUAAACUUAAUUACAUUACGUCUUUAAGUAAACGGAAUUAUUUUAAUAAGCAAUUUGAUAAAUGUAAAAGUAAUCUGAAAGACACAUGGAAAUUAAUCGGCUCUUUUAUUAAACGUAAAACAAAAGGUCAAGUACAGCCAAAUAGACUUGCAAACAACAACCAAGUCUUUACUAAGCCAUAACAUAUAGCAAAGCAAUUUAACCAGCAUUUUGUUAAUGUCGGUCUGUCAUUAUCCAACAUAAUACCAGAACACACAAAUUCCAAUCCAACUGAUUAUAUCCAUAAUUCACCAUUGUCAAGUUUUGUAAUGUCUACUGUUACAGAGUCACAGGUUUCUAAACUAUUCUCCGAACUGAAAAUAAACAAAGCCUCGCUUGAUAUACCAAACUGGCUGAUAAAAAUUGCAUGCAAACCAUUAUCAGUGCAUUUUACAUACAUUUACAAUAAAUCUAUUACAUCUGGUAUUAUUCCUGAUAUUUUCAAAAUUUCACGAGUUACUCCCAUAUAUAAAAAUGGUGACGUAACUGAUCCCAAUAACUACAGACCUAUUUCAACAUUGUCCUUUAGUAAGGUUCUGGAAAAAAUUGUACACGACCAAAUGAUCUUGUUUUUAGAGAAAAACAACAUUUUAUUCCCCUAUCAGUUUGGAUUGAGAAAAGGCUAUUCAACUGAACAAGCUAUUCUUGAAAUUACCGAUAAUAUAAAAACAGCCAUUGAUAAGAAACAAUUAACAUGUGGUAUUUUUCUGGAUUUCUCCAAAGCAUUUGAUACGGUUAAUCACAAAAUACUGCUUUCUAAACUGAACAAAUAUGGUUUUCGUGGUGUUCCUCAUUUAUGGUUUACUGAUUAUUUUACAAAUCGUAAGCAAUAUGUUAGAGUAGGAGAUACUGAAUCUGACAAAUUGAACUUGCUUUGUGGUGUACCACAAGGAUCUACUUUUGGACCAUUACUAUUUUUGCUCUACAUAAAUGAUAUUUCGAACUGUUCAAGAAAACUUUAUUUUCGGAUUUUUGCAGAUGAUACAAGUGUAUUUUAUUCGUGUGAAAAUGCCAAUGAGCUUGAAACUGUAAUGAAUGAAGAAAUUCAAGCUUUAUUUAAAUAUUGUGCAAUUAAUAAAUUAUCA